UUUUGUUGGCUCGUAAGCGAGAGGGAUCGGUGAGAAAAAUAAUUCUUUUUUGACGGAAACAUCUUCUAACUCACGAUUUUUAUGGGUCUACCCUUCCUCCCACCUCUCUUAACGCUGACAGGUGGAUUCAGCAUGAGGGAUACGGUGGAUCCGAUACAGUUUGGUGCCCGCCGUCCGAGAGCUGUGGAACGCGUGGGAGAUCCACUGUCUGAUCCUCAUCAGCCUUUCCCUGCAAGUCUUCCUCUUCCUUUUUGCCGGCAUACGGCAGCGCAGCUCAUGGUGGUUGCCGCGAACCUUGCUGUGGCUCGCCUACCUGUCGGCCGACUCGGUGGCCGUCUUCGUGCUAGGCCACCUCGCAGUCCGCGCGAGCGAGCCGGGGCAUCAGCAGAUCAUGUCCUUCUGGGCGCCUUUUGUGCUCGUCCACCUGGGCGGGCAGGAAACUAUUACCGCCUUCUCCAAGCAGGACAACGAGCUGUAUAGGCGGCACCUGCUGAACCUGGUGACCCAGGUCGCGGUUGCCGGAUACGUCGUGGGCAAGGCGUCCUGGCCGGACGCCCGGCUCAGGGCUGCCGUGGCGAUCGUGUUUUUCUCCGGGUGCACCAAGUACGCCGAGCGCAUCUGGUUCCUCUACUUCGCGAGCCCAGGGCGGCUCAGGAGGUGGAGCAGGGGCAGGCGUAUUUUCUUACAGAACCUAGUAAAGCGGCGGCACCGACAGCCAGACGAGGAACUUAAUGAUAAGCCAGCAGCGGAAGGGACGAGGGAGGAAGCCGUAAAAAAAGCCAGGGACUCACUUAGUCUGAUGUCGAAAGGUGGCUCAGGACGUCAACUGUUCUGGGAUGCCAUUACUCAGCUGGUAGCUGAUAUCAUGUCAGUGGAUGCUCCCCUCAACCAGACGCACAACAUCACAAUAAUAGCUGCGGACCAGCAGAAAGACUCAAACCUGAAGGAGCUUGAUCUACUACCAGGUAUGCUCAAGGAGUUUCUGUACAGCGAGAGCCGCCACAGCGCCUACGAGCAUGUGGGAGCACUCCUGGGACUUUGCUACCGGCGACUCUACACCAAGGACUUUCUUCAAGAAAAUUUCAUUAUUAGUAGUAACAAAAUUUCUCUUACCAUCGGCAACGUGGCAUGGAGCCUCUUCACGUGUGUUCUAAUUUCAAUAGCCCUGGCACUCUUCAUGGCCGCUGAAAAGGGGGGCCAACUCCAUGCUAGCAGUAGAGCUGAUAUCUGGGUCUCCUACUUACUGCUUGUAGGAGCAAUAGUCCUAGAUGUGUCCUCUGUCGCCGUCUUCAGUUUUUCCCGCAUAGCCAACUGUAAUAACAAGCUGCCUAAUUGGUGCAAGAAACAGUGGUCCCAAAAGAUCGGACAAUACAGCAUCAUCAAAAGUGCAGGCAUGUGGUCCGUACAGCGAUGGAUUAGCUGGGAUGUAACACGCCAACCCAUCACAAAGGAUCACUUGUCCAUCCAUAAGUUCAUCCUCGACACUUUGUUAGUCUCUGGUACAAAGGAACAAUGGAACAUUGCCAGCACCCGUGGCCAGUUAGCGCUUCGUAAGUGGACGACACUAAAAGCACUAGAAGAGACUGUUAGAAGCAGUUUUGACUUCCCGACAAGCGUGCUCAUCUGGCACAUUGCAACAGACAUAUGCUACUAUUCUGAUCAAGGACUGAAGGAGCACAACUUGCUUAGGGAAGAAAAGACGAAGAAGCACAAGCAAAUGAGCAGAGAAUUAUCACAAUAUGUCAUGUAUCUUGUCUUUAAGUGCGGUGUGAUGCUUACUACCAACUCCGAGCUUGUACAUGACAAAGCUGAAGAAGAAAUUGCUGAUAUUUUACUAUAUUGUCGGAAGCAUGAUCUAGGCGAGAAGGAUGCUGUCAUGAGGCUUUUUCAAGGAAAGGAAAAGCAACAACUGGACUACUCGAAGGAUGAAAUCCGGAACAAGCAGCAUGAGGAAUCAGAGGAAAAACAAGACACAGAUGAAAUCCAAAUGGAGCGUGAAGAAUCGCCCAACAUUCCCAGUGGCUCUUCUUCAAAUCAUAUGAAGAAACUCGAGCAGAGCGUUCAAGCUCUCGAGUCUCCAGUGCUGCCCCGUGCACGUGCGGUGGCCCAGGAGCUCAUCAGCAUCAAGGAUGAAGCUGAACGUUGGGACCUUAUCGCCGCAGUAUGGGCAGAGAAGCUUUACUACACUGCGGCUCGUUGUGGAGGUGGUUUCCACUACGAGCAUCUAAGCACUGGUGGUGAGUUCGCCACCCAUGUUCUCGUUCUCAUGUAUUUACUUGGUCCUUUCCUGCCACUAGCUUACCAGUAGACUAGCCUGUAUCAGGGUCGUGUAACUAUAAACGGACAUGACAUCAGUAGUUUACCUUUUUCACAUUUUUUUCCUUCUUUUCCAAAAGGUCCGUACUAUUUUCCUCACAAUAGAGGCUCCCUAUCAGAGGUGAGAUUUUUAA